AUGCGCAGUAUCCGAGUGAAUGGGAUUGAGGUGAUUUGGAACGAAUUGGACCCAUCCGCUCGACACCAAAGUAUUGUGAAUGGGAGCUGCCUGAUUCAGGAUCGGUGCAGUCCAAAUCCAUGCAAACAUGAAGCUCCGUGUUAUCAGAAUGGAGAUACAUUCUUUUGUGAUUGUACAAACACGGGAUAUUCCGGAGCAGUUUGUCAUCAGAGUGAAUAUUUCACCUCUUGUGCUGAGGUUAGCCUGUUCUAUGCCUUGCAAUAUUCCGUGAUCAACAUCACAAUCGAUAUGGACGGCUCGGGCGUUCUUGAACCGAUCAUGGUUACUUGUGACUUCACGGAUCCUUCUGGUGUUAUCACUAUAUUACGUCAUGAUGCGCCUGGAUAUGUAACAGUGGAUGGAUAUCAGGCACCGGGAUCCUACAGACGUACGCUUAAAUAUGGUCGUGCAAAUCGGGAAACUCUUGGAGAGUUGGUGCGGCGAGCAGAUCGAUGCGAACAAUCGAUCACCUACGAGUGCUGGAAUUCGCUUUUGCUAAAACUUCCAGCUGGAGGUGGCACAACCCUAGAAAAUCGAGCUUGGGGAUGGUGGGUCAAUCGGAAAGGUCGACCUCGGUUCUAUUGGGGCGGCGGUGUUCCGGAUCUACAGAAAUGCGCUUGCGGUGUCGACGGAACUUGUACCGGUGACUCACUAACAUGCAAUUGUGACAGCGCUGGGUCGACUACACCACCACUGGUAGACAGCGGGCUGCUUCAAUUCAAAGAUGACUUGCCAGUCAUGGAAGUUCGCUUUGGUGAUACUGGAGGUAUUAACGACGAUAAACGGGCUCGUUAUCAUGUGGGACCGUUGAUAUGCUAUGGCGACAAAUUGUUUGACAACACAGUCACCUUCCGGAAGCCGGAUGCCAAUUUGGAGCUUCCACCACUCUACUCGGAAUACGCUUUUGAUAUGUCAUUCACAUUCCGCACUACGGUGACCGAUGCGGUGAUUAUGCAAAAUAAUGGUCGCAGUUCCCAGCAAUUCUUUGAAGUUCGUAUCAGGAACGGUAAUGCGAUUCGAGUCGCCUUCAAUGUGGGCAACGGGGUUCAGCUGGCUGAGGUCUCUACGGCGCAUUGGUUGAACGACAACCGAUGGCAUGUGGUUCGAUUCGAACGAAACCGGAAAGAGACUCGACUCAUAGUGGACACGUUGAACCCGACCGUGAUUGUCGAAUCCAUAGAGCGUUCAUUCCGCGGGUUCGAUUUCGAUCAACCCUUGUCGGUGGGGACUACACAGGCUUUUACCGAUGGGUUUGUGGGCUGUUUGUCCAAUUUGCUGAUUAACGGAGUCGUACAAGACAUGCGCGGUCUGGUCGAGCAGGGCUACUACACGUACGGUCUGAGUGCAGGAUGCAAGCCCAAAUGUGAUUCGAAUCCCUGUUUGAAUCGGGGGGAAUGUGUGGAAUAUUAUUCUCACUAUCUAUGCGAAUGUGGUCUGACCGCAUAUCGUGGUUUCAUUUGUGGUCGGCAGGUUGGAGGUACAUUUAACAACGGGCCCAUGCUGAAAAUCUUACUGGAUCGUACUGAGGAUCGUUUGGGUACCGUGGAAGAAUACAUCCAGGUUGGAUUCAAGACCAAAUCAAAAAAGGGUAUCCUGAUGGAAAUGCGUGGUGCCGGAGAUACCAAUUACAUUAUCGUCAAAGUGAACAACAAUGGUGGAAUCACCAUCGAAUUUGACGUGGGCUUCAAACGGUUUGAAGUGACCACAAAUUACGAUAUAGAUUUGUGCAAUGAUCAACAUCAUAUGGUGUACGCGUGGCGCACGAAUCUCGGAACAAAAUGGCAUUUGAAGGUGGAUGAUUACAACGAGGUUGUGGAAGAUUUCACCAAGUAUUUGUCGCCCACAGCAGAUGUUCGCCUUGACGACCCAUGGGUUAUUUUCAUGGGACGGAAUGACACAAUGCAACCGGCCGACGGAUUUGAUGGAUGUAUUUAUGCCGCACAGUGGAAUAAUUUCUUCCCCCUACGUAUGCAUUUCCAAAGCCCGAAGCUGACCAACGUGUACGCCUAUCCUCAGGAUGCCGUUCGAGAAGAUCUUUGUGGGUUUAUAGAGAUUCUGCCAACAGCAGAACCAUUGGAAAUUCGUCCGUCCCCGGUGAUUCCGUCCAAUAUUACACUUCCUCCACUGAAUGAAGAUGCGUUGCGCGAACGUCGAAUUAUUGCUGGCGUCGUUACGGGACUUCUGUUGAUCCUAUCCGUGGUUGCAUUGGUCUUCUUCUGUCGGCAUUUCACCAUUGAACGAGGUGACUAUGACACACAUGAGGCCAAAGGGGCUUCGCACUCAAAGACGGCUGAUAUGGCGAUCAAGUUUGGUCGAACGGGCCAACCGGAAGUUCAGGGCAAGGAAUGGUGGCUUUGA